AAUGGAUCCCUUCUCUGGAGAAACAUUGAUUGAGCUGCGUGCGGGUUUGGAGCACGAGUCUGGUGGCCACUGGCUUUAAAAUCGGUAGAAUUGAAAGGCCAAAGAGCGGGAUCCCGUGGAUUGGGCCAGACGCUGCACCCUGGGUAGCCAGUCUUCCCACAGUCAGUCACGAUCGACGGUUCCUCAGUUCCACAUUUCCAGGUUUGACUGGACCCGCCCGGUUCAUUUCACCUUAUUCAGGACCCUUGGCCCGUAUCUUGAACCUUGAGAUUCGCAGCGGCCUGUCCAGCUCAUGGCCCAGAUUGGUGGGCUAUAACGGCGCUUACCACCGGGGUUCACGGGUCGGGCUGAAUUUCACCCGCAUCCUCGCUUGAUCCGCUGGCUGUACCCCUAAACAUGGCCGGUUUUGGCGGCAACAAGAACCCGCCUUGGGCUCGGGGCGGACCGCCCGGUGGCGGAGCUGGUGGCGGACCGCCCAGCGCGGUCGAGAUGCAAGCCGCCGGUUUGGUUCAUCCGUUUGGCGCUCACGGGGGUCCACCACCCGUCUUUCAUGCUGGGCCCCACGGUCUGUCGCACGGAUUGGCCGCGCUCAACGCGGCGGCAGCGGGCGCGCACAACCCGGCCGUGACCAUGGGCGGUGUGCCCGGCUCUCAGGGAGUGGGAGGGUAUCCGCGACCUUUAGGUCCCCCUUUUGGCGCGGGUAACGCCGCUCAACAGAUUCUGCAGCAGCAGCAAGCCGCCGCAGCUGUAGUGGGCGUUUCCUUACAACAUCAACAGCAACAACAACAGGCACAUCAGCAACAACAACAGCAGCAACAGCAUGGCCCGCCGGGUCCGGGUCAGCCAUCUCAGCGAUUUUUUACUGGCACAGUGACCAAACUUCAUGACAAUUUCGGCUUUGUGGAUGAUGAUGUGUUUUUUCAAGUGGCCGUGGUCAAAGGCCCCACCCCGCGUGUCAAUGAUCGCGUGCUGGUGGAGGCCAGUUUUAACCCGAAUAUGCCCUUCAAAUGGAACGCCACGCGAAUACAAGUUCUUCCAAACCAAAGGGCGGGUGGUCCUCCUCCUAGUGCAAAUGCGCCUCAAGGUCCACCUGUCUCGGUUCAAAGCAAGCCCCCCGCCCCCAACCCACCCAAGCCUGGGCACGUUAAUCCGACGGCUACGCUCAAUAAUAUGGCGUUUUCAAGUGCUCACUCUGUGGGGACCAUGAGUCACUCGUUGAAACCAGGAGGACCUAUGAGUACAGGGGGAGGGUCAAGUGGCGGUAGUGGAGGAAGUGGUGGAACAGGAGCUCCACAUCGAAGCGAACCCACCGUGGGCUUUGGAAAUCGAGACCGUGACCAUGGGCGGGAUCGAGGAAUGGGAGCACCUAGUAGCGCACUCCGACAAAAUCACUCGCCCAUGAGAGGCGGACGCAUGGAAAAGCCUGAGCCUCGUGCGCCUUCGGACCGAGAUCGACGGCGAGAUGACCGUCGAGAUCGGUCUGAAAGUUCGGCCAGUCGGGACCAUAGAGAUCGAGACCGUGAAAGAAGUCGUGACAAAGACCGGACCAGGAGUCCACCAUCAAGAAAACGAUCCAGAAGUCCCCGGCGAGCCAGAUCUCGAAGUCGAUCUCGUAGUCGCUCUCGAAGUCCUCCUAGGCGGAGAGCUAGAACUACGCCUAGAUACAAUGUGUCCGUUCCCAAAUAUUCAUUGCAAUUGCCAGAAAGUUAUGUGGCAGAUCUCAGGAAACGCUACACGAGCAUGUAUGUUCCAUCAGAUUUUUUCAUGUCUGAUCAUUCGUGGCUAACGUCUUUUCCUGUCCACGAGUCGUUUAAAAUACGGUUCCCUGCCACAUUUCACGUGUUCAAUAAAGACAUUGUUGACCCACCUGAGCCCAAUGACGCGUUAUUCGAUCCACCAGACGCCGAUUAUACCUUCAAUGUGAAAGUGAUGCUCAUGGCUGCUCCGGAUCCGGAUACCCUCAUUGAGAAAACUUGUGUCCUGGCCGAUGGUAGUCUGAGCUCUCGUGACAGCUUGGUCCAUCCAACGCGAGCCAUUCAGUUUCUAGUGGGUACUCGAGGGAAAAACGAAACCAUGGCAAUUGGAGGUCCGUGGUCUCCUUCUUUGGACGGUGAUGAUCCGUCUAAGGACCCAUCAGUUUUGAUAAAAACUGCAAUUCGUGCUUGCAAGGCACUCACUGGUAUCGACCUGGGCAAUUGUACUCAAUGGCAUAAGUUCCUGGAGAUCCAUUACAGACGGCAAGAGACCAGCACCAAACCAUCACGGACAGAGACAACCGUGGUGUUCCUGCCCGACAUCUGGUCGGUUAUGCCCUCGGCCGUGGAAUAUCCAGAGCUCAUCAAGAAGUAUGAAGACGCUGUGAAACUCAAGUUAGACCCAAAUGCGGCGGCUGAAGCGGAGAAAGCGCGUUUGUUAGCUGAAAAGGCCAAAUUAGAGGCCGAAGAAGCCGAAAAAGCUAAGCUCGAAGAGGAGUCAAAGCCGAUCAUGAAGGCCGAGGAGGAAGAUUCAAUGAACGAAGCUGUCAAACAAGAGGCAGACAAUGGUGGUGAAGGCGAAGAGGAAGGCGACGACGAGGCUACAGAAGGAGCCCCCACUCCGUGGAAAGACUUAGAUGUCAAGGCCAUGAAGGUGGCCGAGCUAAGAUCGGAGCUAGUUGCCAGGGGGCUAAAUUCAAAAGGACUUAAAUCUCAGUUGGUCGUGCGACUUCAGCAAGAUGUUGAAAAGGAGAAAGAGAAAGAUCUGGUCAAAAAUGAAGAGGAAAACGACAAGGAAAAAGAUAAGGAUGAAGAUGUGAAAGAAAGCGCCGCUGAAGGCGCUGAAGGAGCCAAAGUCGAAGAUGAAAGUAAUUCUAGCGUUAAACAAGAAUCCAAGCCUGCUUCUCCCUCGGUCGAAGAAGUCAAAGACUCCAAUGAAGAUACCAAUGACGUCAUGGAAGUAGACGAAGAAUCCAAGGACUCGCCAGAGCACACUAAAAAGGAAGAGGAGGAAGAAAUCCCCAUGCAUGCACCACUCGACGAAAGACAAAAACGUGAAAUUGUGGCAAACUACCAGGCCCCAAGUGCCCCAUGUAUUUUCGUUCAUCCCAAUCCAAAAGCCAAAUCUGGAAAGUUCGAUUGCUCAGUCGUGAGUUUAUCCGUCCUUCUGGAUUAUCGAACUGAUGACAAUAAGGAGGGUACAUUUGAGGUGUCACUUUUUGCCGAACUCUUCAACGAAAUGCUCAUGCGAGAUUCAGGUUUCAAGUUGUACAAAGCCAUCGUAGAUGCUCCUGAAAAGACGAAAGAGGAAAAGAAGGCGUCUUCCAAAACCGACGACGACGAAGGAAGCACCAGCAAGAAAGAAACUGAGCCUGAGAGCAAAGAAGACGCGAAUGCGAAUGCGUCGUCUGAGGCUGAAAAGGCCAAGCGGAAAAAGUUGGUGACCUAUGAAAAGGACCUCUUACUCGCGUGCAGUUAUUUCGAUUUGGGUCAUAGUGGCUACUUCGAGACCAAAGACUUGGAGGAAAUUCUUCUCACCUUAAAUUUGAGCCUUUCGCGUGCUCAAAUCCGCAAGCUCGUCUCAAAAGUUACGACCACCAAGGAUCAAGUCAGUUAUCGUGUUCUUACUGAUCGGCCUGAAGACGAGAUCCCCGAACUCUCCGGCAACCUUAUGGAUGAGGACGAAGAUGAAGCCGAGAAAGAACGCGUACGGAAAAUGAGCCUUGGUUUCAAAGCCUUUUUGCCCAAGGCUAGCAACAAAAAAAGCGACGAAGGUGUUCAAGCAACAAGUCAAGUUGAUGGAUUCUGUCAAUACAAAGGUACCGUGGUGGAUGUGAAAAAGCUACUCUCCCAAUUAGAACGGAGUGAGAAAGCACGCAGUGACGUCCAAAGUAGGCUGACCGAGACCUCAAAAACACUCGGAGAUUUGAAAGAAGCGUCUGAAAGGCAUUUCUUAAUCAAAGAGAAACUUCAGAACGACGUGAAAGAGCUGAAAAAGAAGCUUCGGUCCACCGAGGAUGAAUACAAACGAUCUCAAUCGGACACGAGUAAAUACUUGUCAACUUUGAAGGACGUCCAAUCCCGAGUGUCGUCCGUGAUCACCCGCACGGAGAGGAAAGAGGAAUCUGAAAUUCUGGAGGAUUCUUCCGGAGGCUUAAAUGGUAAACCCGAGGACAAAACCGACUGAGCGAGGCGUCCACUCGCGCGCACCUGAAGUUUAGAUUUUUCUUUUCACCACAAUCGCACUCAGCUGACAUUGGACGACAGACCAUGUUUUGCCCCUUGUAAUUAAUCUCCUAUCCAUGAUCACCCCGUUUGUAAUCGAAUAAAUGUUAACGAUCAACCGUA